CAGCAGUGCGGCGGCGGCGGUGGCGGGGUUCUGCCUCUACAGGAGCCCAGCGCAGGCCGCAGAGCCGGGGCUGCUGCGAGCCGAGACCGCGGCCGCGGAGCCCGCACGGCCGGCGCCGAGAAUUUGUUCCUGUUGAAGAGUGGCUCCUUGAUUUCCAUACCCUUUGAGGUUUUAGGAAUCCAGUAGGUGACAUUCUCUACCUCUAAGGAGACACACUACCUGCUCCUUCAUCAAGUACAAGGUCUCCAUUGCUAUGGAUACCGAGUCCACGUAUUCUGGAUAUUCUUACUAUUCAAGUCAUUCGAAAAAAUCUCACAGACAAGGGGAAAGAAAUAGAGAGAGACACAAAUCAUCCCGGAAUAAAGAUGGCAGAGGGUCAGAAAAAUCUGUCACCAUUCAAGCUCCCACUGGAGAGGCCCUGUUGGCCAAUGAUUCUGCUCAGACAGAGGAAGUUCAGGAUGACAACUGGGGAGAGACCACCACGGCCAUCACGGGCACCUCGGAGCACAGUUUAUCUCAGGAGGACAUUGCCAGGAUCAGCAAGGACAUGGAGGACAGUGUGGGGCUGGACUGCAAGCGCUACCUGGGCCUCACCAUCGCCGCGGUGCUCGGACUUCUAGUGUUCCUCACCCCCAUCGCCUUCAUCCUGUUGCCCCCGAUCCUGUGGUGGGAGGAGCUGGAGCCUUGUGGCACCAUUUGUGAGGGACUCUUCAUUUCCGUGGCAUUCAAACUCCUCAUCCUGCUCAUCGGGACCUGGGCCCUCUUUUUCCGCAAGCAGAGGGCUGAUGUGCCACGGGUGUUUGUGUUCCGUGCCCUGUUGUUGGUCCUCAUCUUUCUCUUUGUGGUUUCCUAUUGGCUUUUUUACGGAGUCCGCAUUUUGGACUCUCGGGACCGAAAUUACCAGGGCAUUGUGCAAUAUGCAGUCUCCCUCGUGGACGCCCUCCUCUUCAUCCAUUACCUGGCCAUCGUCCUGCUGGAGCUCAGACAGCUGCAGCCCAUGUUCACACUGCAGGUGGUGCGCUCCACCGACGGCGAGUCCCGGUUCUACAGCUUGGGACACCUGAGUAUCCAGCGAGCAGCCUUGGUGGUUCUGGAAAAUUACUAUAAAGAUUUCACCAUCUAUAACCCCAGUCUCCUAACAGCCUCCAAAUUCCGAGCAGCCAAGCACAUGGCGGGGCUGAAAGUCUACAACGUAGAUGGGCCCGCCAACAACGCCACCGGUCAGUCCCGGGCCAUGAUUGCCGCAGCUGCCCGGCGCAGGGACUCAAGCCACAACGAGCUGUAUUACGAAGAGGCGGACCAUGAGCGGCGGGUGAAGAAGCGGAGAGCGAGGCUGGUGGUUGCGGUGGAGGAGGCUUUCAUCCACAUCCAGCGUCUCCAGGCCGAGGAGCAGCAAAAGGCGCCAGGGGAGGUGAUGGACCCCAGGGAGGCCGCCCAGGCCAUCUUCCCCUCCAUGGCCCGGGCUCUGCAGAAAUACCUGCGAACCACGCGGCAGCAGCAUUACCACAGCAUGGAGAGCAUCCUGCAGCACCUGGCCUUCUGCAUCACCAACAGCAUGACCCCAAAGGCCUUCCUAGAACGUUACCUCAGUGCGGGCCCCACCCUGCAGUAUGACAAGGAGCGCUGGCUGUCUACGCAGUGGAGACUUGUUAGUGAUGAGGCUGUGACGAACGGAUUACGGGAUGGAAUUGUUUUCGUCCUUAAAUGCUUGGACUUCAGCCUCGUCGUCAAUGUGAAGAAAAUUCCAUUCAUCGUGCUCUCGGAAGAAUUCAUAGACCCCAAAUCUCACAAAUUUGUCCUCCGCCUACAGUCUGAGACGUCGGUUUAAAAGUUCUAUAUUUGUGGCUUUAUUAACAACAAGAAAAAGAGAAUAUAUAGAGAGAUAUAUAUGUAUACCAGAGGGGCAUCUUUGUUUUAAAUUGUUCUUCGUUGCUGACUGAGGCUGGCAGAUGAUAGACCAGUGUCCUUUGACCAUCUGCACUUUAUUUGGAAGGAAGCAGGGGAUGUCCGCCCCGGAAAAAAGUGACUGAGGACAUCUGAGUGUUGUGGACGGGACUUCUCAAGAAUCUGUUCCCUGGCAUUCCUGUGACAGCUGUAACCAAAGCGGAGCUGGUGGUUCUUGGGAGCCUUGCCUUACAACAAGUGGACCCUGCCUUUCGUCCAGCACCCCACUCUCCUGUUGCUUCUGGCCGACCCACUCGUAGACUUCUAGGGGACACAUCUUUAUUCUGGUUCGGGAAACCAGACACGACCUGUCCACGUACGUGUUUGUGUAGGUAGAUGUCCAGUCCACAUCACCCACGUGCCGUUCAGGAAUUGCCGGCCUCAUCUUUGUUCAUUGUUGCCUUAGGUUCUGCAGAGAAAGAUCACAACAAAAAAUGUGCACUAUCAGUUGACGGCUCCUAAUGAUUUUGAUUCUGGUUUUUUUCCCCAAAGAGAAAACCGGCCUGCCCUGUUUUCUGACCUUGCUUCCCUAUUGGCCGGAGCAGGGAGCCCUUUGCUAACCCUGUGAUUGGCAACUGGCUUCCACCCAUCCCACCGUCCCCAGGGCGUGCGCACACACAUACACACAUACCCCCUGGCUAGCCGGCCUGGCCCAGAAAGCCCAGCCUUCUCUAGAGCUGCCUGGGACCUGGUUCUGCGCCUGUGCCCUCGGGCUCUGCAUAGCCUCCGGCGGUCCCACGGAUUGUUUGCGUAGGGAAGCGUGGUAUGCCCACCCGGUAGAUCACAGGGAGGGCAAGCCAGCUGGAGUGUCCCUUUUAGGCUGCAGCGGGAGCCCUCCCCACCCGCCUCUCCUCCCCACUCUCCUCUCCUUCCCCCACCGACCAGGGGGAAGACUGACACUGGCUCUGGGACUGGCAGGUUCAGCUUGGAGCCUCUAAUUUCUCCCAAAGCUUCACAGCAAACUGCCUGCAGUGGGAGACCAAACAGUGCCCACCGCAGUGACAGCUGGUGCUGUCCAGUCCCUGAUUUCUGACCACCAUCACUGUGCGACUCGUCACCUCUGCCACUUACUACCAGGGAAGGGUGCGUUUGGCCCCUGGUGUUGAAAUUACUUGUAGAGUCUGGUAAAAUGAGGAGAAAGAACGGACAAACUGCAGAGUUUGGGGAAAGGAGGGUAGGGAGCCAGUCUUAGGGUUCAGAACGAUUCAUCCACGAUCUGUUUCUUAAAUGCAGCUGGUUCCUGUGGGCUUUCCCCUGGCCUGGGUUGUGAGCCACAUCCCAACACCUUGGGGCGGGUCCCCGUGCCUCUGUUCGCCUUUGUGCAUCUACAACAAACCUGUAUAAAGUAUUCACUCUUGCUUUAACCAGGUAAUUAGGUAAUUAACCAGGUAAUUCCCUUGCUUUAGUACAGGAUGACACUGUCAAAAUGCUCUUUGUGUUCCUGUACACCUUACUGGUUUAUGCAUUCCACAAGUAAGGUAGUGCAAGUGUAUCAUUUUUUAAACCAGAAUUGGCUUUGGAUAUUUGCAAUACAUCUGUACCUGAAAAAGUAAACAGUGUUCUUGAGAAAUCAACAGCCUUCAGGUCAAAAAGAAGAUGUGUUAGGAAAAAGGAAGGGGAAACCAGUCAGUGUGGCAUGGCGCCAAAAUGUACUAUUUAACUACGUGGUUCCGUUGAUGAAAAACACGUACCAUGUAACCAUGGUGCUUUUGUUCCUCUUAUUAUAGUUUUUGCCUGUAGGUCCCUUCAAACUGCACAUUCCUUAGGAUAAUGUCUUUCUCAGGAAAUAUAUUUUGGGAGAUAGGGCAAGGGAUGGUAAUUGUCUAUGAGACUUUAGCUGCGUAAAAUUUAUCGUGUCCCAGACUAAAUGUGUCACAGGCUACUGCGUCAGGAACACAGCGAUAGAAGUGCCAUAAAGGUCUCUCCAUAUGGUUCACAAUGACACUCUUUGUCAGCAUUCUAAAAUCCUGUGUUUGCAGCCCUGUCGUUAAGUUACCAGCCCAGAAAGGGUUAAGGUGGAUUGGGUGCUUUGGUGUGUGCACCCCAAGCAGGGUGAAGAAAGGUUUAAAUUCAGGAUUAUAUUUUCUCUCUACCCCUUUCUCCCUUGCCCUGUCUUAGCAUAGGAUAAUGUCCGACUUUCUGAAAUUAUUGUUUCUGUUUUAAAUUGAGUACCAGUAUUUUUUACACUGACUUUGUAUUGAGUCCUUUUUGAAAGAAUACCAAAAUAAAAUGCAGGAUCUUUAUAAAGGCUUUGCAUGUUCAGACUCUUCCUAGCUUGAGUUACUGGUGCAGUGGGAAUGAUGUAAAUUAUGGUAUGAAAAUGUUUAAGGUUUCAGAAAGCUGCAUCCCACAAUUGAACACAGUGCAUGUUUAUUUCAGUUCUUGGAACCAAUAGGCUAUUCUUUUAGAAAGGGGAUAACUGUGCCCUGGGGCUAGGAGAAUAUAGUAUAGAUAUGGUCACAUUAGAGGAGACAGGAUUUCAUUUGCCUUAAAACGUUUAUAGAUUUUCUAUAACUUUCAACCUAAGUUAUUAAAAUGUGAUUGGUAAAUGUUAGAGAGUAGAAGAACUGAAUGAGGAAUACAUGUCUGAGAUUUCUCGCUCCCCUGGCGGUGUUUUAACCAGUAGAUAACUUUUGUCCUUAAGUAUGUCCUUUUGAAAGGAAUGACCAUUUUUAAUCAUCCAUGAACUGAAUCUUUAAGUCUGCGUUCUUAGAGUUGGAAGAGAUUUUAAGGGUUUUGUAGUCUAUCCAUCCUUUACAUUUUCAGUUAAGUCGAAAAAUGUAAUACUUUUGCUAAAGAUCAUAAAGUAAACCCUCGAGAAAAUACUUGAUCAGUUUUUUUCCCAACUAUCAUUAUCUCCUUUUCUUCCUCUCUGUCCUUCCUUUCUAAAUCUACGGACAGGACAAAUUUUAUACAGCAAAUGGUAAAAGGUAGGUGGUGUGUGUGUGUGUGUGUGUGUGUGUGUGUGUGUGUGUGUGUCUUUGCCAUGUUACAGCUCAUUGCCGGAGCUUGGACCUCCUUUUCCGUGGGGAGAUUGUGGGGAGACUGUGUGUGUGGGAAAGGAAUGAGGUGCUCCCCACUUUUCACCAUAGUCGGUGGUAGUCGAGUGUCUCAUUCUUGUAUCUCCUCUUCACUUCUGAGUGUGUGUAUUUAGAUAAAGCUGUAGCUCUGUGGCAAGCCACCAGCUUAUUGGGCUGACAGAAAUUGAUUCCCCUCUUCCUCCUCACCCCUGCCCCUGGGAGAGGGAGUGUUCCAGCCACUCUGUGAAACCAACAAAACUGAGUCCUUGGGUUGCUCUCUUCUGUCCCAGCCCUGCUGUGUAAGGCUCCCCCAAACGGGUGCCUAUUUGCUUGUGGUUAUGUGUUUCCAUAUAUGUGAGCAUUUCUCUGUAGUGUAUAUUACCAGAUGGAUGGCAUGGUUAUGUGUUAGACAUCUGAACAUUUGUGUCCUCUGUAGCAGAUGAGUGUGUAUCUGCAUAGAUAACGUGUGUGUUUAUAUGGAUGACUGUGUGAGGGUCUAUGUGUUUCUACGUACGCCGUAUGUUGGAGAGGUGUCCUAAUUGCACCCAUCUUUUGGGAAGUGACUCUAAAGCCAGUGACUUUUUCCUCCCCUCCUUCAUUCCUUCCCCUCAGCUACACUGGGCUUCUCCCCAGGAGUAAAUGUCUUCUGGAGAGCCUGCUGUCCUGCAGGCAGGUCUAUUAGACUGUUGUCUCAGGACCCUUUGAUCUGCAAAUAGCAAGAAACAGAGAAAGAACAGUCAAGUUCUAUGCUAAUUACUGCUCCAACUUCACUACCCUGGAAGCCUUACUGUAUAUUUCUCGAUAUAACUUAAAAGUUGAGCUUGAUUUAAAAAAAGAAGAUUGAUUAUUGAAAGUAGCACAGAAAUAUGAACACAAUAUUUAAAUAGCCCUGCAGCAGAGACCCUGUGAUUGUAAAGUGAUAGGUAGUUUCUGGGUAGGCUUUGUGCUUUAUGGAUCUUGUUACAAAAAAAAAAAUUGAUCACUACUGUGAAUUUACUGCUAUGUAACCUUGUGGUCGUAUUCCAUUAUAAAUAAAAUAUGAAUUGUUCUUA